CUUGUGAGUAAAACGCGUAUAAUCGCAUUCGGUAAUCUUUGGUAUAAAAUUGUAGACAAAGUUUUGCUGUUAAGCAGUUGUGUGUUGCCUCCGUUCAAGUUAAUACUCGUUGAGAAAUCAUGAAGGAUCUCAUCAUAAUACCGAUGCUAAUUUCGCUGGCGGCAUGUGCUGCCGUACGGUCACCGCAUCAACGGGAGAGGUCGGUCAAUAAACACCAUCAUUCGGAACUAGAAGAUUACUACGAUGAUUAUCAUCCUGAUUGGGAACGGUCCGGUGAUCGCCAUCGUCGCCAUCACGCUACUAAAGUGGAAAAAGUGAUAGUGGAAAAGAAGGUUCCUGUGAUAGUCGAAAAGAAAGUUCCGGUAUACGUGGAGAAGAAAAUUCACGUUCCCGUCGAUCGACUUGUUCCGGUUCCAUAUAAAGUCCCAGUAGAAGUUCCUGUUGUAAAAAAGGAAUACGUUGAAGUUCCGAAACCAUUCCCAGUUCAUAUUAAGAAGCCUUAUCCAGUUUACGUGAAGAAAAAGAUCUUUGUCGAAAAGCCUGUUCCAGUGACCUUACAUAUCAAGCCUCGAAAACACUAGGAGAUCGAGGAGUUGAGAGUGGUGUGUGUGACGAAAUGAGUUGUGUUCAAUUUUCAUAAAGGAACAAAAAUUUGUGAAUAAGUGUAUGAAUUGAGUAUUUAUGAAUAAACAAAUUAAUUAAGCUGA